AUGGAACGAAGUGAUUUUAGAUUACGUACACUUUUACUUGAAAUUGAUCGUCAUUUAACGAAUGUUGAUCGUCAAAGACUUUGUUUUCUAAUCGGUUGUGAAGAUGUUCCACGUCGAUUACUUGAUAUUAUUGCUAAAGAUGGUUCAGCAUCUAUGACUGAUAUAUGGGAAACAUUAUUUGAUCGACGAAAAAUUACUGUUAAUAAUGUAAAUUAUCUUAUUGAACGUCUCGAAAAAAUUCAACGUUUAGAUUUGGCGGAACUACUUAAAAAGUAUUGUCCGAUGCCAUUUUCAUUAUCAACAACACCUUCAACAGAAACAAGAAGUCAAACUACACAAUGUAUAACUAUGCCGGAUCUUUUUUAUCGUAUUGAUCCAUAG